ACUGGGGGACUGCUCCAAAUUGCAGUAUUUGAGCAUGAGUGAGAAUUAUUUGAAUGGAAGCAUUCCGUUUCAGAUUGGUAAUCUAAUACACCUACAAAUUACCUUGGAUCUCAGCUGUAACUUCCUUUCGGGAGAGAUAAGCCAACAACUUGGGAAACUGCAAAUGCUGGAAAAACUAAAUCUCUCCCACAAUUCACUCUCAGGUUCCAUCCCAUCAUCUUUCAAAGAGAUGAUCAGUUUAUCUUCCAUCGACUUUUCAUACAAUGAUUUGGAGGGCCCUCUCCCCACUGGCAAAGCCUUCCAUCUGGCACCGUCAAGGGCAUUCAUCGAGAACAAAGGUUUAUGCGGUGAAGCAAAAGGCAUGCAACCUUGUAAUUCCUCUUUUAUAAAGCCUCACAAUGGGAAGAAAGACCACAAGAUUGUGAUCAUUUUUCCUAUCAUGGCAGCCUUAUUUCUUAUACUUGUAUUUGCCACCAUUUUUUCCAUUUUCCUACAAAGAUCCCACAGAACAAGAAAUGCAGAGAAACAGGACUUAGAAGUGAAAAAUGGAAAUCUAUUUGCAAUAUGUAAUUUCGAUGGAAAGAUUGCAUAUGAAGACAUCAUCAGGGCAACGGAGGAUUUCAAUUGCAAAUAUUGCAUUGGGGCUGGAGGAUAUGGAAGGGUUUAUAAAGCAGAUCUACAGAUGGGUCAGGUGGUUGCUGUGAAAAAACUUGACUCGUCACAAGGUGGUGAACAAGCUGAUCAAAGAAGCUUUGAAAAAGAGAUACAAGCAUUAACAGAAAUUCGACAUCGCAACAUCGUGAAGCUCUAUGGGUUUUGUUCCCAUGCUCGGUGUACAUUUUUGGUGUACGAGUACAUGGAAAGGGGAAGCUUAGCUAGCAUCCUCGGUGGCAAUAAAGAAGGAGCUGUAGAAUUGGAUUGGGUGAAGAGGAUGAAAGUUAUCAAAGGAGUAGCCGAUGCUUUAUCAUACAUGCACCAUGAUCGCACUCCUCCUAUAGUUCAUCGGGACUUAUCAAGUAAAAACAUUUUGUUGGGUUUAGAAUUUGAGGCCUGUGUCUCUGACUUUGGCACCGCAAGACUUAUAAAGCCAGAUUCAUCGAAUUGGUCCACACUCGCAGGCACUUAUGGAUACAUAGCUCCAGAGUUUGCUUACACAAUGAGAGUUACUGAGAAAUGCGACGUAUAUAGCUUUGGUGUUGUAGCAUUUGAAGUGAUAAUGGGAAGGCAUCCUGGAGAUCUCCUCUCAUCGUUGGCAACGUCUGGUGGCCAAGAUAUACUGCUGAUGGAUGUAUUGGACCAACGCCUCCCUCCUCCCACGCUUGAAAACAUGAAGGGUUUGGUUGCUACAGCCACUUUGGCACUUGCAUGCUUACAUACCAACCCUCAAUCUCGGCCAUCCAUGCGCCACGUGUCUCACGAGCUAUCCACUAGCAAGGCCCCGCUCCUUGGUGCUUUCCACACGAUUACGUUGGGUCAACUGUUAGAUGCACAGACAUAAAAGGAUUCGAUUUUUGAGGAGGGAUGGCAACUCCUGGUUCAAGUGAAGCAUGUGGUUUCGUGGAAUAAAACAGGGCCUUCUAGCUUGUAAUCGCGGCUUAUAUUGUUAUGCUUUGGUCCACUUUAUUUUCUUUUGUUUGGGUUUUUUCCUUUUAGUUGUGGUCUUUACUUAUGU